UCGAGAAAGUUCAAAAGAGAAAGAUGCGUUUUCCAUCGGGAAGUUUGCAUAUUGUUGUUGUUCUUAUUCUCAUCACUUUCUGCUUGGAAAGUUGUGAGAGUAGAAUUUCAGAUUCACUCAAAGUCACUCUUCCGCAUGGAGGAGGAAUUAUCGGAAGAUAUUUGAGGUCAUUUCGAGGACGCGGAAUUCGCGCUUUCAUGGGAAUUCCAUACGCCGAACAGCCAGUGGGAAAUCUCAGGUUUAGAAAUCCCGUAGCGAAAGCUCCGUGGAAUGGAUAUCUAGAGACUGUGUCAAAUGAAGUGAUGUGCCCUCAAUUCGAUCAAUUACGAAAUAAUGUAUACUCUGGAAAAGAAGACUGUCUAUAUUUAAGUGUAUAUGCACCGCAAUUUCCCAGCAGAAAUGACAGUUUACCUGUGAUGGUAUACUUCCAUGGCGGAGGAUUCAGACAUGGAGCUUCCUCGCACUAUUCUCCUGACUUUUUAUUGGAUCACGACAUUGUUCUAGUCGUUGGAAACUACCGUUUGGGAGCAUUGGGCUUCUUGACAACAAACACAAGUGAUAGCCCGGGAAAUUUUGGGUUGAAAGAUCAAGUGGAAACUCUAAAAUGGGUUCAGCAGAAUAUCAGAGCUUUCGGAGGAGACAAAGAUCAAGUGACAAUCUUCGGAGAGAGCGCAGGAGGAGCUUCUGUGACUUACUUGAUGUCCUAUCCUUCAGCUAGAGGUCUAUUCCACAGAGCGAUCGCCCAGAGCGGAACCUAUGACAAUCCUUGGGCUUUUUGGGACACCGCUCAAGCUCUGCAGAGCACUGUGAAGCUUGCUGAGGAGUUGAGAUGCGAUCGACUGAGACAUCAGAACUUCACCAAAUUAGCGGAAUGCUUGCAACAGAAGUCUGUUGAAAAUAUUUUGGAGGCUACUUCGAGACUCGUUAAAUGGAUGGGAAAACCAAUAACUGUGUUUCCGCCGUCGCUGGAAAAGGAUCGUGAGGGAGCUUUCCUCACGGAACCUCCUAAGACUAUGCACGUGAACCAUAGUCUCAAGAUUCCACUGCUAAUUGGAUUAACAAGUGAUGAGGGUGCCUAUGUAACAGCGUCUAUUUUAGGUAAACCACGCUUCGUGCAGGACUUACACGAGCGCUGGAAUGAGGUUCUCCCACUUUUGCUCUACUAUAACAAUUUUAAUGAGGCGAAAAGGGCUGAAAUCACAUCGUCAAUAAGCAAUUUCUACUUCGGCGGCAAGAGUGGAAGAUUGGCAAUGGAAGUGACACAGAAUUUUACAGAUAUGUUUACAGAUUUUAUCAUGCUCAAAGGAAUGGAUGAAUAUCUCAGAAGGCGUUUCCAGGAAGGCACAAAAUCUGCGGAUACUUUUGUGUAUCUUUUCUCCCAUCGCGGCGAAGGCAGUUUUAGUGAUAUACUGGCUGGCCCAAACAGCAUGAAUUACGGUGUCGCUCAUUGCGAUGAACUCUUGUACUUAUUUCCGCUGCUCGAUAAACCAAUCUUCAGGGCAGCGCCCAGCAUGCAGGAUAUUUUCAUCCAGGAAAGAAUGGUGAAGUUAUGGGUCAAUUUCGCUACCACUGGAAGACCAACCCCUGUGGAGAAUGUGGACGUGGAAUGGAGUUCGGCAGAUAAAUUUCCUCUCGAUUAUCUUCGGAUUGGCAAUUACAAAAAACCCAAUCAGUCACUGUUUGCCAUGGAGAGGGAUUUGUGGCGCGAAAGGAGUGAAUUUGUGAGGGAUAUCUUUUGAAAGAUUGAUAAAUCAAAUAAAUGAUUAUGCGAAGUAGAA